GCGGCCAUAUUCGAAGAUGGCAGGAAAGUGAUGUAGUUUCUGCUGCUCGGGUAACGUUGUUUCCUGUACAAUUGAAACCUAUAGGUGUUUGCUGCGUAUUAGAGGAUGUUUAGCUUGAACAAGGUUUGUGACAAAGUUAUGUACUUGAAAUGUCGCACAAUUCCUUAAAAAUGCCAAUUAUUCAAUGGCUUCAGCUUCCUCAGGAGAUCCUUUUGCACAUUUUUACGUACCUUUCACCAUCAGAAAAGGCAAAUGUUCGGGCCACAUGCACUUAUUUACGGACUCUGGUUGACCAUCCAUCUUUAUGGAAAAACAGUACUAUUCUUUUUAGGAGUAUAGGAAUUUUCAAUGCUAAAUUCUGGGACACACUUCAGAGCCGAAAGAUCUGCUCAGUGGAGGUGACUAAAGUAACUCUGAAGCAGUUUAAGAAGAUGACCCUUUCAUUGCCUGAUCUUUCCACUGUCAGAAUGGACUCCUGUUUGAAAGGAGAGAUCCUUCAAGGGCUAAGACCACUUGUGAAUCUAAAACAGUUGCAUUUAACAGACUGUUCCCAUGUGUCAGACCAUGAUAUAUUUUCAGAAAUUGUUAAUUUUCAGCAACUUACACAUUUAUCUUUAUGUAAAGUGUUUUUCUCAAAUGCUCUCCCACUGACUAGCAUUGUUUUACUUCAAAACCUCUAUUCCCUGUCUCUUCAUUCAAAAGAUGGUACUGUGCCUGAAAGGGCUCUACAGUAUAUCCUUUUUAGACUUCCAAAACUUCAAGAGCUUUCCCUGGCAGUUGGCAAUAUGAAUAAAUGGAAGCUGUCUCUGUGCUUUAAUAGGCCAGACCAUUUUAUAUUAGCAGCUGAUGAAAUACCUUGUAUCCCAAGACUGCAACUCCAGAAACUGGAACUGCUAAAUUCAAGCUGUGCAAGUCUCUCAGCCAAUGCAUUUGAUCAGCUGUCUACCCUAACCUCUGUUUGUCUGCGGCAUUACAAAUACUUGCAGCAUGAAGAUUUCAUUGAAGCUAUCUUUAUGAAGCUCCCUAACCUGAUUGAGCUAAAGAUUGAAUGGGCUGCUCCCUUUGAACCAUUUUUGGGACCCAUCACUUCCAAGUUAGAAAAAUUGAGUGUUGUGGGAACAAAGAUCUGUAAUGCAACUCUAAAGUGCAUCUCCCAGAGUACCAGUGAAUUAAAGUGCCUGAACUUGAGUUUUUCACAUGGAUAUGAUGAAGAGAUCAUUAAACGUUUCCCUUGUUUAUUUCCAAAACUGCAAAGUCUCUACCUCAGUAAUGCCAGGCUGACGGAAGAAGCAUUAGUGGUGCUGGCCAACCUGUACUCUUUGCGAGUUCUUGAUAUUUCAAACAAUCAGCAUUUGACUCCAGAAGCUAUACUUGCUUUUAAAAAGAUUACAUGCAACAGAGUUUCUUUAAUACUCAACAGGCCAAGUGAGAAUGCACAAUACUGCUGCUGGUGAUGGAGAAAUUUUCCUUACAGUUGGGAUUCCUUGUCUAUCAGCUUUACAAACCACUUCAGACUGCUAACAAACUAUACCUAUGAAAAUUAUUUAUAAAGAAUUCAAAUCUGUUUUUAUUUAUUUUGUAAUCUUAUGCAAUAGCCAAAAUCAACAGGACAAAGACCUGGAUUUAUUAUAAUUUUAAAAAAAAAUCUUUAUUUUUUCAUGAUUUAUAAAAUUAGAAUUUGAGUAUAAAACAGGGUCACUGUAUGCAAUCUGCUAAGAGCAAUAAAGUGCUACAACAA